GUCAAAAGGCCAGCCCCGCGCACCCAUUGUGCGACCUCCCGGAUGCUACGACGGGUCUGCUGCACAGCGCUGCUGCUUCUGGCACCAGGCGCCAUGGCCGCGAUUCCGCCCCGAAUGGGCUGCGGCCUCAACGCAGCCUUCCAGCAAGACAUCGCCGAGUCCGUGAACCAGUGGUGCAUCGCCUGCCCGGUCUCGCCGUACGAGUGCUUCCCGCCACACGACUCGGUCACGCUGCAGGUGCAGGCCGAGGACAGUGUCUCGUACGAUCUCAACAUGGCGACCGAUGCGCUCACGAUACGGGCUAACGUCAAUCUCGUUGCUGCGCUGCGAGAUCCUGUGACGAAUGCAUCCACGGGAUGCCGCCACCUAGCGAUCCUCGGCGACGCCAACACGACGACCAACGUUAGCCUCGCGAGCUUUCAGGGUCUUGCUCGGCUAACCUCUCUGGUCCUGCGAGGAGUCGCACUUGAAGCCUCUACGCCUACGACAAGCUCUGUGGCAUCCAUCACGAUUGGCGACAGCACGCUGCCCAACACGACGCUACAACUGCAAGCGUUUGAGCAGCUCACAACGCUAGCCAUCACCAACAGCUCUCUCCGCAGCUACCCAUCCCUCGCCCCGGCUGUGCUGGCCACACUCUCUUCACUCAACUUGCGUGGGAAUGCAUUAACGACCUUCCCAAUGCAAGUGCUCCAAUUAACGCACGCCAACGUCUCCAUCGACUUGCAAGGCAACCCGGGUCUUGGCGCGCCGACCAACGCAACGCCCGCCGAGCUCGCCACGUACGCGGCGCUUCUCAAGUCGGGACAGCUCCUUGUGGACGCGGCCAUGAUCGUGACGCCGGCGCCGACGGCCGCCACAAGCAACAUUUCGCCGUCCAUGGUCGACCCGACGUCGAGCAGCAAGAGCCCACUCAGUGCCCGUAGCGCCUUGUCCUGGUCCACAGUCCUGCUCAUCGUCGCUGGCUGCUGCAUCGUUGCGGGCGUCGUCUUUGUCCUCGUCUUCCGGCACCGUAAAAUGUCGUCGUUUCUCACUCAGCAGCAGAGCUCGCUCGCUGCGAGCUUCCUUGCGUCGGGCGGUGACCGCGCCAUGUCUCCGUUCUCUGCGCCCGCCCGCGCGUCGCCGCAGUUUGUCCCGAACGUUGGUCCGUUCCCGGCGCUCGCGUCGUACCGGCUCCUCGACGCCAGCGAGCUCUCGCGCAUGAAGACGAAUGCCGCGACGGGCAUUCUCAGCGCCAUCUACAAGAGCGAGCUGGUGAGCCUCAAAAAGUUCGACGUGCUCGCCGUCCAGUACGACACGCACCUCGAUAUGUUUCUAACGCAGCUGGAGCGAGCGUCGCUGUUGAGCCACCGGAACGUCGUCGCCCUCCUCGGUGGUGUCCAGCUCUCGGGCAUCGCGAUCGCCGGUGUCUUCGAGGGCGCGGAGAAAGGGUCGCUCCCGAGCCUCCUCGCCAACGACCAAGUCGACUUGAGCUGGGCGCUCACGCUGCAAAUGGCGACGGGGCUCGCAGACGGCCUUGCGUAUUUGCAAGAGCAUACGGACGAUGCGACGCAGUGGACGAGCCGCGACGUUGUCGUGCAGGAAGACUACGACUGCAAGUGGAACAUCAUGCGCUGGCUCGACGACGAGAGCGGCGAGACGAUGGGCUAUGGCCGCGCGACGCUGGCUUAUGUUGCCCCCGAAGCGCUCCUGAGUCAACCCUCGACACGCGGACCGAUGCAGGUCUACACGCUCGGCGUACUCCUCGGCGAGCUCGCGACGAGAUUAGCUCCGUACGCCGAAUGGAUCCACGAGCUCGGCGCUGUGAACGCCGACGUGAUGGUGGUCGAGAGCUAUGGCGGCUCAGGUCCACCUCUUGUGCCGCACUCAACGAUGGCCGAGACGACGCCGGUGGGCUACAGCGCCAUUGUGGCCGACUGUCUACGACGAGACCCGUCGGCCCGCCCCACGGCGCGAGACGUCGUACAUCGCCUGCUUGUGAUGCGCACCAGUCUCUAGACGUCUACUCCAUCCUGUAAAACGCCGGUGAUUAUGUACAUACUCGUGGUGUCGCU